CUUUCGCGCAGCUCCAUCGGUCUCCAUCAAAACUUGUUUCUUUCAUCUUUCACGAACAAUCACGAACUAUCAGCCAAACAAGUCUUGUAUAUCCAGUUUGAACAAUGGAUUUUAAUACCCACAUGCGAAGGGGACACCCUAUUGUAUUCUCGUUGAUCAUCUUGUUCUGUAUCAUCGAGCUUGCAAUCUCAGCCUGGCUCACGUCACGUUUUAAUUCCUAUCACAACUACUUCAGUCUAGCUGAACGAGACCGCACACGUUUUCUACUGUUCACUUCAAUAUGGACGAUCGUAUUGUCUGGAGUCUACAUGUUUUUCUUCUUUUCUUUGCCAGAUAGCCCUAUGAGUAGUGUAGCUUCUCAUGUCGUCUUCCUACUUCUAACAUGGAUAUUCUGGACUGCGGGCGCUGCAAGUAUAACCGCAGCUCUCGGCGGAGGGCUGAACUGCAAUACUCAGAUGGUGUUUGUGUAUUGCGGGCAGCUUAACGCGCUAGAAGGUUUUGCUUGGGUUAUUUGGCUUCUUGUAACGUUCGCGAUCCUUGUUGUGCUGAUACGCGGCAUUCUCGCGGCACGUCGGGGUGAUGGAAUGCGCGGGUCACUGAUGGCAUAAGCAUGUAGGCUGUCCCGUCCCAGCUCGCUAAGGUCGCUGCGCACGCAAGACAUUAUCUUCAAGUUCUAGGGCUUCUUUAUUUAUAGUUAUUCAUUCUACAGACGAUAUGCGACAGUCGUGUUACCUGUAUUGCUACAUCUACGUCACGCCUUGCCACGAUUUUAUGAUUACUGACAUACAUAGCUCAUGUCCAGCACCUCUUUAUGUUCCAAUAACACUUAAGUCACCGGCGACUCACUGCGGAAA